AUGACCGAUCCUGUAGGAAAUGCUAAUCACAGACUUAAAUCCUAUAAAAAUCUGGCAUUAGAUUCGUCAGAGUUACGGAGAAGGAGGGAAGAGGAAGGUAUUCAGAUUCGUAAACAGAAACGUGAUCAACAGUUAUUUAAGAGGCGAAAUGUUUCUAUGCCAGCACCUGGUGAAGAUAUGACAGUUAGCGAUGUCCAGGAAAAUACAGUGUCAUCCUCUUCUGCAGUAAGGAUAACUCCAGAAAUGGUGCAAGCAUUAUACAGUGAUAAUACUGAAGAACAGGAAGUUGCUACCCAAAAAUUUCGAAAACUCUUAUCUAGAGAACCAAACCCACCUAUAGAUGAAGUAAUUCAUACAGGAAUGGUUCCUAAAUUUGUUGAGUUUUUACAGAGAGACGGAAGCUGGUCUUUACAGUUUGAAGCAGCAUGGGCGUUAACUAAUAUAGCAUCAGGUACAUCUCAACAAACUCGUAUAGUUUUAGAGGCAGGAGCUGUACCUAUAUUUAUUAGAUUAUUGAGUUCAGAUAUAGAAGACGUUCAAGAACAGGCUGUGUGGGCUUUGGGCAAUAUUGCAGGUGAUAGUCCUGAAUGUAGAGACUAUGUUUUAAAUGAAGGAAUACUAGUACCCUUAUUACAAUUAUUAAGUAAAAGUACUAGUUUAUCUAUGACAAGAAAUGCUGUAUGGUGUUUAUCUAAUUUAUGUCGUGGCAAGAAUCCACCACCUGAUUUUGUCAAGGUAUCACCAGCAUUACCUGUACUGGCUAGAUUGUUAUUUCAUACUGAUAAAGAUGUUUUAGCUGAUGCUUGUUGGGCUUUAUCCUAUUUAUCUGAUGGACCCAAUGAAAAGAUACAGGCUGUAAUAGAUUCAGGUGUAUGUAGAAGACUAGUCGAAUUAUUAAUGCAUACUAAUCAAAGUGUGGUUGCAGCAGCAUUAAGAGUUGUUGGUAAUAUAGUAACAGGAGAUGAUUGUCAAACACAGGUUAUAUUGAAUUGUUCAGCUCUACCUUGUUUAUUACAUCUAUUGGGUAAUUCUAAAGAAACAAUACGUAAAGAAGCUUGUUGGACUAUAUCCAAUAUAACUGCUGGUAAUAGAGUACAGAUACAGGCUGUUAUUGAUGCCAACAUCUUCCCUGUUUUAAUUGAUAUAUUGGGUAAAGCAGAGUUUAAAACUAGGAAGGAAGCAGCAUGGGCUAUUACUAAUGCUACUUCAGGUGGCUAUCCUGAACAAAUCAGGUAUGUACAUUAUCAAGGCUGCAUACCACCAUUAUGUGAUUUAUUAACUGUAAUGGAUAGUAAAAUAGUACAAGUUGCUCUCAAUGGUCUAGAGAAUAUACUAAGAUUAGGAGAACAAGAUAAAAAGAAUACCAAUAAUCUCAAUAGUUAUGCUGUACUGGUUGAAGAAUGUUAUGGUCUGGAUAAGAUAGAAUUUUUACAGAGUCAUGAGAAUCGUGAAAUCUAUCAGAAGGCGUUUGAUAUCAUUGACAGAUAUUUUAGUUCGGAAGAAGAAGAUAAAGCAAUUGCACCUCAAGUUGAUGAGAAUAACCAACAAUUUCAGUUUGGAACCCCACAAAAUGCUCCAAUGGGAGAGUUCAUGUUUUAA